AAAAUUAAUUUCAUUGCACACAGUCACAUACUCUCUCUCUCUCUCACUCUCUCUCUCUAAAACACACACACACACACACGAAAGAUCGCCGGAAGAAAACAUCAAAUCGAGAUGGCGGAGGAAGAAGAAGAAGAAGUGAACGAAGAGAGGAUUAUGGAUUUGAAGGAAGCCUUCCGACUCUUCGACAAAGAUGGAGACGGACGCAUAACGGUGGAGGAAUUGGGGGCGGUGAUAGAGUCGUUAGGACAAACGGCGACCAACGAAGAGCUCAAUGACAUGAUAAGUGAAGUCGACACUAACCGCAAUGGCACAAUCGAAUUCUCCGAAUUCAUCCAUCUCAUGGCCCGAACUAUGAAGGAAAGUGAUGCGGAAGAAGACCUGAGAGAAGCCUUCGAUGUGUUCGACGAGGACAAGAAUGGAUUCAUAUCUGCUACAGAGCUGGGGCACGUGAUGAUGAAUCUUGGGGAGAAGCUGACGGAUGAGGAGGUGGAUCAGAUGAUCAAAGAGGCUGAUCUGGACGGCGAUGGGCUCAUUAAUUUUCACGAAUUUGUCAAAAUGAUGAUUACCAUGGAAUGAGUUAAUUAAUACACACAUAUACUGUAAUUUCCUCUUUUAUUACACCACCUGUUUUUGUACCAUUUUUUUUUUUUUUUUUUUGCAAACCAAGUGGAUAGGAAUUUUUUGUAAUAUACAUUAGGGGUGCGGGUUAAAAUUAAUCAGCAUUGUACCGACAGUAUUUGAAAUAUAAACUGUCUAUUUUAUUUACGGAGAUAAAUUUAUUAUAUGUGUU